ACUAUUGCAUACACAAUGUAAUGGCGGCAGGUCGACUUUCAUAACUAUGAAUUCCUUGUUAAAAUGUUUUUCAGUUCUUGUUGGAAGUUCUCUAGCAUUUGUGUUAGUAACUUUGGUUUACAUAUGUCCACAAAGAUCCAUGUGGUGUGGUAUAUCGAAUAUUAUGAAGGGUAACAGCGAUGUUACCAGCGAUGUUCUAACGAACACACUUCCCAGACUUUAUCGUUUCAAAAGAGAAGACAUCAAAAUAUACAAUUUUGGGCAAUCAAAAACAGACGUUAUGGUUUUCCUUCACAUUCAGAAAACAGGUGGUACAACAUUUGGACGGCAUUUAGUCACAAAUCUCAAUAUAACAUUUGCGUGUAAAUGUCGACGUACUCCAAAGCUACGAUGUUAUUGUAAGAGACCGAGUUCUGACAAAAUCUGGCUAUUUUCUAGGCAUUCAUUGGGCUGGCCGUGUGGGUUACACUCCGACUGGACUGAAAUGCAAUCAUGUGUACCAGAAUUUAUUCGUAAACGAAAUGGCAAUGUCGAAAAUCAGAAGUAUUUGUAUGUGACUUUUUUGCGUGAGCCAAUUAGUAGAGUUUUGAGUGAAUUUCGCUGCUAUCAGCGAGGAACAACAUGGGCUUCUUCACAACAUAAAUGUAAAGGAAGACAGGCAACAGAAAAAGAAUUGCCUCCUUGUUAUAAAGGAGAAACUUGGGAAGACGUCACGAUCGAUUCGUUUAUUGGGUGUAAAUCAAAUUUGGCUUUCAAUCGACAGUCAAGAAUGUUGGCGGAUUUGACACUCGUCAAUUGUUACAACGAAACAGGAAUGUCGUACAAAAAAAGACAGAAGAUAAUUCUCAAAAGCGCAAUUCGUAAUCUUAGAAGUAUGGCUUAUUUUGGGCUUACUGAAUAUCAGAAGGAAAGCCAGUAUUUAUUUGAAAAGACAUUUGGAAUCAAAUUUCGCAAGUCAUUCGAACAAAGAGACGAAGAAGAAACUCGAGCAGCUGAUGUUAGAACUGACAUAGAUCAAGAGGAUUUGCUUAGAAUCAAAAAGCUUACCGCUAAUGACAUACGACUCCAUAGAUUUGCAAAGGAAUUAUUUUUUUAUCGUCUUAAAUAUUUCAAAGAUAGAGAUCAGCGAGAAGGACUCUCUAGAUAACAAUCAGUCAACAUAACACCAAUCAA